AUGACGGCGCCGUCCGGUCGUGAAGCUGCGGUAGCGAGCCUCCAAGCACUGGCCCAGUGCGGCCGAGAGGAGGCCCUCUACUACCUUGCGGAGCACAACUACGACGUACACAGGGCGAUGGCUGCUCGGACGGCAGAUGUGCGAUGGGAGCUGCAGCGCGGCUGCGCACUGCCGCGCCCCGCUCCAGAACAGCCACAGAUACCACAAGAGACAGUUGUACAAGUUGGUCCUUCCCUUCAGGCUCAGCUGGAAGAGGCUCGUCAGCGUCUACGCACUCGCUACGAACGCGAAACUGGAGACACGAGCAGUUCUCCAGGUGCCCUAGCGCUUCCCCUCCAACAGCCACAGCCCACUUUGGCAACGGCCCCUCCGGCUGCUCAGCCACCAGCAGCCCAGGCAGCUGCUUCCGCACCUCCGCUCGUGUACUUCCCUUCACCUGCUGCAGGGGCACCGCCCCAGUAUGCGGCCCCGCACCUCCCAGCACAGCAGGCGCAGCCCUACACACCUACGACGCAUUUACCUCCACCGGCGCAGACCUCUGCGCCUUCGUAUCACUACCCUCAGCAACUGCAACAGCAACAACCUGUGCUCUAUCCGCCGCCGGCGCCCACCACCUACGCGCCUCUGCAGCAGCCAGGGCACGGCUGGGAGGAAGCAAGUAGGGAGGAGGCCAACAUCAACGCCGGUACAACGCGGCGAGAGAACCCCCUUACGCUCGCCGGUCAGACACUCGGCAAAUGGAUCUGGGGCGGUACGCACCACAAGGACAAGAGCGGUUCCUCCUCUUCCUCUGCCUCUUCAUCCACCCCUACAUCUGCAUCUGCAUCGUCUUCAUCUACGACCAUGGCCCCGCCCGCUCCUUUGCAAUCGUCCGUCUCAUCGUCGGCCUUCUACCCAACAACAAGCACGGUACCGGUGGGAGAGGAAAGGCCGGGGCUCGGCAUGGGCCGGCGGUACCAAAGCGACGACUCGCUCGAGAUCAACGAGCUCGCGAGGGACCGGCGAUCUUGCAAUGGCCGGCGGGCCGAGGGCACGGCCAGGGACGAAGAGGCCAGCACGGAGGAGGGCGAGUCGCGCGGAGGCCUGCGACAUCUGCUCUCUUCGGUCCGACACCGUGGCAGGGAGAUCGUCGACCGCAUCGGGCACCAUCAGGCCACCCCCAGCGGCGGGGGCGGCGAGCCCCAGCAACUGACGCCGGCGUCCGAGGAGGAGGAACUGGAGAGUCGCCGCGGGCACCGGAGGCGGUCGUCGCACAGCGGCGGCGGAAGCAGCGCGGGCAAGAGGGACAAGCGCGCCUCGUUGGACGAGGGCUGGGUCUUGGUCGACAACACUUCUACGCGCUCCUCGACCUCCACCCACCCGCCCCAGCCGACGCUUGUCACCCAAGUGCCGCUCACCGACGAGCAAUACGCUGCGCGCCUCUCUCGGUGCGAAGCAUUCACAAACAAUCUCUCUUUGAAUCGGAGCUCCGGCCCUCUGACUUGA